UUCUGUCCGUGUAUUUUCUUUCUAAUUGAAGAAAUUGAUGUUAUAUGAUCGAUUUAUUCUAGCCACACAGUAAUCAGCACGAUAUUUGUUAAAUACAAAUGUUCAUCGGUCGGUCGAGACAGAUAGCGAGCUCUUCACUGCUUCCAGCGUAAUAAAUGGAGCCAUCUCAACGUAACACCGAAACGCCACCGUUUCAACAUCCCACAGUCCCGGUGGAUUCCAUCGGCCGAGCCACCGUUUUCCGCCCCUUCUCUCUCUCCUCGCCUCACUCACGCGCCUUUCACCUAGCGUGGCUCUCACUCUUCUCCUGCUUCUUCUCCACCUUCUCCAUCCCUCCUCUGAUCCCCGUCAUCUCCUCCGACCUCGGCCUCUCCGCCUCCACCGUAUCCGCCGCCGGAAUCGCCUCCUUCGCCGGCUCUAUUUUCUCCCGCCUCGCCAUGGGCCCGCUCUGCGAUCUCAUCGGCCCGCGAACCUCCUCCGCGAUCCUCUCUUUCCUCACCGCUCCCGCCAUCCUCUCCACCGCGCUCGUCUCCUCUCCCGCUUCCUUCGUACUCGUCCGCUUCUUCGUCGGCUUCUCGCUGGCUAACUUCGUCGCUAACCAGUACUGGAUGUCCUCCAUGUUCUCCGGUAACGUCGUUGGUCUAGCUAACGGCGUCUCUGCCGGUUGGGCUAACGUCGGCGCAGGUCUCUCUCAGCUCCUCAUGCCUAUUCUCUACACGACCAUCUCUGGCUUCCUCCCACGCGAUGUCUCCUGGCGCGUGUCGUUCGUGUUCCCCGCCGUUUUCCAGGUGAUAACCGCCGUGCUAGUCCUCCUCUACGGACAAGACACUCCCGACGGUAACCGAAAAAAAGACAGAACUCCGUUAGAUGAAGAGCAUUCCGGUUUUGUCCGAAUCCUUCUCGACGGACUCGGAGAUUACAGAGCGUGGAUCCUAGCGCUUCUGUACGGUUACUCGUUCGGCGUGGAGCUCACGACGGACAACAUGAUCGCAGGAUACUUCUACGAGCGGUUCGGCGUGAAUCUAGAGGCGGCGGGAACGAUCGCUGCGAGUUUCGCGAUGUCGAACGUCGCGUCGCGGCCGGCGGGAGGGAUGGUUUCCGACUUGCUGGGGAAAAGAUUCGGGAUGAGAGGGAGGCUAUGCGGACUCUGGGCGGUGCAGUCGGUGGCUGGGUUGCUGUGUUUGUUACUCGGACGAGUCAACUCGCUCUGGGGCUCCAUCGCCGUCAUGUGGGUGUUCUCUAUAUUCGUUCAAGCUGCUUCUGGUCUCAUAUUUGGCGUUGUCCCCUUCGUCUCCACUAGAUCUUUAGGAGUAGUAGCGGGAAUGACGGGAAGUGGCGGGACUGUAGGUGCGGUGGUGACACAGCUUUUGUUGUUUUCCGGCAAUGAUGUUAGAAAGCAAAGAAGCAUUUCACUUAUGGGGUUAAUGACUUUUGUCGCGUCUCUUUCUGUCACUCUCAUUUACUUUCCACGCUGGGGUGGAAUCUUUUGUGGUCCAUCAUCAUCAUCUUCGGAGUCCGAUGAUUCUUCUCAGCGGUUACUUGGAGACGAGGAAGAGGACGACGAUAAGGUGGUGAUUAGUGGUAGACUACGUCCCGUUUGUUGAUUACCGCAAAGCCGUUUCUACUUGAACAAAUUAAAGCGUAAUAAACUUGUCAAGUAUGUAACAGCUGAGUUUAUACAUAUUGAAUUGAUAGAUGUUUGUAUCCAAAGUUUAGACAUUGAAUUGUCAACUUGAUUAUCUCUUGUAGACUGCUC